CCUGUCUGCAGAUGACCGUCUCCUGAUCGGGACCCAAACUGAGCUCCAGGAGCCGAGGAAGAGACGCAGGCACCAUCCUCCAACCCACAACAGGAGCAUCCCACCCAAGGAGUGAUGCCAUUGGUACCCGGGAGAUGCUGGGGGCUGCUCCAGCCCCGUGCAUGACAGCAGAGAGGUUCUGUGCCCCAAACUGGAGCCUUUGUCCCACCCUGAGCUGAGCAUUGAGGGGAUGCUGAGAGCAGGCUGAAACCUGAAUAAUUUGAAGCAAAAGGACAUCCUUGCACUGGUGUGUGGCUCAGCCCUGAACAUGACCACAGAGAGUUUUGCAGAGUUCCUGAACAAGCUCAAGGAAAUCCAUGAGAAAGAGGUCCAAGGGCUGCACAGCAAGGUGACGGAGCUGACGACAGAGAAGUGCCGCGAUGCUCAGAGAAUUGAAGAGCUGUUUGCUAAAAACCACCAAUUAAGGGAACAACAGAAGGUCCUUAAAGAAAAUGUAAAGGUGUUAGAAAACAGGCUGCGAGCUGGUCUGUGUGACAGAUGCAUGGUCACCCAGGAGCUGGCCAAAAAGAAGCAGAACGAGUACGAGACCUCUCAUUUCCAGAGCCUGCAGCACAUCUUCAUCCUCUCAAACGAGACCAAUCGCCUGAGGGAGGAGAAUAAAACUCUCAAGGAAGAACUGAAGAGGCUGCAGAGCCUGGAGGACAGGACAAAGACCCCAGGAGUCUCCUCCAGAGAAAGCUGCUCCACACCAAGCUCCCCUUUGACUUUACUGUCCCCAGUGAGCAGGAGUGUCAGCACAGAGAAAGCAGAGCACAGGGAGGCAGAAGAAGCCCAGCAGGAUGUGCCAGACCUCGAGCUCAGUGAAGAAAAGCCUCCAGAGAAGCUCCAGAGAAGCUCUCCAAGCAGCAGGACUUCUCCAGGCACUGUUCUCCAAGAAGUCAGCCUUGCAGAAAUUGCAUCCCAGAGGAUUUCCAACCAGCUGCAUGGAACCAUUGCCCUGGUGAGACCUGGCUCCAGACCCUGCCUCCUGGAAAAGAGUCCUUCAGGGGCAGCAGUGUCCCCACCAGCGAGGAAGACUCCUCUCCCUCCAGAGCGUGAGCACAGCCCCAGCCUCGAGGCCUUUUUAACAGCGAGCAAACUGGACUCCCCCAAGGUCGCUCCAUCCUAUGAAAACCUCAAGCUGAGCGCCCGGAGGGAGCAGCUGUGCCUCCUGCACAAGCACCUGUCGCUGCAGCAGCUGGGGCUGGCGGGUCCCGGCUCGCCGGGGGACCGGGACAGCUUCCCCGGCGCGCUGCUCCGCGCCAGGGCCGCCGAGGGCAGGGCGCGCUGCCGGGACGGCUGGGAGGAGCACGCAGCCCUGCUGAAGCUGCCGGCCACCAUGGUGUACGUGCGGGACCAGCAGCUGGAGGAGAAGCUGCAGCUGCUGAAGCGCCGGGAGCGGCUGCAGCACCUCCUGCAGCAGUGCCCGCCGGGCCAGCGCGCACACGGCCACUGCGAGCCCCCGCCGGGCCAGCGGCCCCCGUCCCCCCCGUGCCCCUGGCUGGGCAUCGCGGCGUGCAAGGAGGAGAGGCUGUUCCUGGAGGAGGCUGCGGGUGGGAAGGAGGAGAAGGAGCUGUGGCUGUGCCGGGAGCGCUGCGAGCCGCCAGCCAAGGUGAAGGAGGCGAGGGACGAGGAUGCGGACGCGCCGCUGGACCUGUCCGAGCCCGGCCGCGGCAGGGACACCGCAUGGGCAGGGCACGGCCGGAGGGAGAGCCCCGGGGCACACAGGGCACAGCGGGGCCACCUGCGCUGCCCCCACCACUGGCCCGGUGCCGCCCGGCCACUGCCCGGUGCCGCCAAGGAGGAGGAGGAGGAGGAGGAGGAGGAGGAGGAUGCAGCUGUGCUCACGCUUUCACGGGCAUAUCUGACAAACAGCUCCACACCCAGCGACCCGGAGGCCCCUCCCGAGGCUGGGAUCAGACGGGAUGUCAGUGCACAGAAGGGAGAAGCAGAUGACAAUGAUGCUGAGUCUGGGAAGCAAGAAUCCGAUGAGCCAGACACGACGGACAGCGAGGAGAAAUAUGAAGAUGAGAUCCUGCAAGAAGCUGAGGCUGAUGGGAAAUACUUUUGCACCAAAGACAAAGUUCAUGUGCAGCAGAGGAAGAGAAAAAGAGGACAGGAUUCCUGGAUUAAAGGAUCUAAGAAGUCAAUGAGAGGAAAAAAGAAAAUCAAAGUGGAGCAAUGCCCAGUGGGGAUUACAAAGGAACUGGAGAAUUGCUCUGCUUCCCACAAUGAUCCCUCCAAGGAGAGUUAGCAGCUGGGCAGGAUGGAGCAACUGCAGACUGAAAGAGAGGGCUCAGAGACCUCAGAAUCCCACCCACACUGGGAGAGUGAAUCCUUCUGUCACGUUGGGGCAGGCAGUAAGGAAUUCAUUUAUGAGCACAGCACCCUGAAACUCCUCACUCAGUGCCACAGGAGAGGCUGGGCAAGGAUGAGCCGUGCAGGUGACACCUGGAGCAGCCAGCUCACUGCUGCUGGAGCCCCAGAGUCUGUGACCCCAGAGCAGACCCUCAGACUGGAUCUAGAAGAGGAGAUGUCUCUUUGUAACCUCACCCUGCAUCACAACCAUGCUCUUCUCUGGGAUUUCACAUUUGGAGAAUGGACUACCAGACCCCUCUCCUCAUGAAGGAUGUCCCGGUGGCUGGCUGAGGGGUGGUGACCAAACCAAACACUGCAGAGCCCCAUGCACAAACUGCUUCAAUUAAAUCCCUACCCUGGUUUCAUACACACAUGGAUCUUGUCUGACCUGGGGAAAGUCCACGGUUUUCUUUUCUAGUCAAGUGAGGAGCAAGUACGUGGGCAGACAGGUGAGAUGUGACCUUGGAGAGGGCAGGCAGAAAGAAGAGCACGAGAAGGGAGGGUUUGGGUGCUCCCUCUCCCCAGCACGUCCUGCAUUGCCUGGAAAAGGUCGGUGUGUGGCACCCAGCUGUAGCUCACAGCAGAGCACCAGCUCAGCAGUUCACGCUGACCUUGGCAGGAUUGCUGGGAGCUGCUUUUCACGCGGAUAAACUGUUCUUAGUAAUUUUUUUUCUGGUGGGAUGAGAUGGGAAGGGCUGCAGUGAGCAUCCGUGCUUGUAACAUCGAUCCAGGAGCCAGGCUGGGUUGUUCCUGGCACACAGGUGGAGACCAGGGACAAAACAGAGACCAGCGGAGCAGUGCCAGAUUCCUGCUAUGGUGUACUCCCACUUCCUUUACCUGCCGUUAUUUCUAUUUAAACGUGGGUUUUCGCUUAUUCACAAGAACGAAGGCAAAG